AGAGAGAGAGAGAGAGAGAGAGAGAGAGAAAUGCUUCUGUGCUCUAGUUUUCAAAUGCAAAGGUAUGAUGUUAUUUGUCACCAUGCCCAAAAAAGUCCUUACUUGAUAACUUUGCCAGAAGAGGGAGAGAGAGAGAAGGCAAAUGUUCCCCCAGCUGUUUCCUGUCUACAGUGUCUGUGUUUUGUAGAUAAAUGUGAGGAUUUUCUCUAAAUCCCUCUUCUGUUUGCUAAAUCUCACUGUCACUGCUAAAUUCAGAGCAGCUAGAGCCUGCGCAAUGGAAUAAAGUCCUCAAAAUUGAAAUGUGACAUAGCUCUCGACAUAUUCCCCAUCUCUCUGGAUUCCUCCUCUCCCAUUAUUACUGCUCACCAAUUCAUUUUCAGACUUUGCACUUCAGGAGCAAUGGACAAAUUCAACAGUCUUUCAACCCAAUUCUCUAAGUGCUGCCUUUGUGAUUUCUUGAAGGUGAAGAUGCAUACCGUGUCCUCCAUCCAUCUCUUCUACCUGGCCUUGUGUUUGCUCACCUUGACCAGUUCGGCCACAGCGGGGCCGGAGACACUCUGCGGAGCUGAGCUGGUGGAUGCCCUGCAGUUUGUUUGUGGAGAAAGAGGUUUCUACUUCAGCAAGCCCACUGGGUAUGGCUCUAGCAGUCGGCGUUUACACCACACAGGGAUCGUGGACGAAUGCUGCUUCCGGAGCUGUGAUCUGAGACGGCUAGAGAUGUACUGUGCGCCAAUUAAGCCAGCCAAGUCAGCCCGCUCGGUGCGUGCCCAACGCCACACCGAUAUGCCCAAAGCCCAAAAGUAUCAGCCCCCAUCCACCAACAAGAGAACGAAGGCUGAGAGGAGGAGGAAAGGUGGGCCAGAGAAACACCCAGGAGGGGAGCAGAAUAAGGGGAAAGAAGAGAGACAGCAGAGCAGAGGAAAGAAGAAAAAGCAGAGGAGGGAGACUGGAGAUAGACAUACUGAACACAGAGGAAAAAACAGGAAAAUGGAGAGAAGGAAUAAACAGACAGAGGAAAUACAUUUGAAGAACGCAAGCAGAGGGAACUCAGGAAGCAGGAACUACAGAAUGUAAGAACUACCGUCCAGGAGCGGAGAAUGAAUACGCCUCCUCUGCGGGAUCCUUCUCUGUAAAUAAGUUAUUUGUUCAACAUUGGAAGACUUUAAAAAAACAAAAACCAAACACGCCGGUUGUUUUAAUAAGCUUGAUGAAAUGACAAAACAAUGGGCAUUCUCCCAGGGGGGUGGGGGUGGGCUAGGGGGCCAGAUUUGAGCAAACAUUCCAAUGUUUAAACCUCUUUAAAAGACUAGUGUCAACUCCUUGCUAAACAUCUUCCCAGAGCUGCUAUGUCGCUCUCUGAUUCUGUAACUUCGCUAUACUAUCCUGUACAAUGGCAAAACAAAAUAUAUUCCCUUCCUUCUCGAAAGCCCACAAGUCCAUGGGCCUCCAUAGAUGCAAUUGCUCAGAAUCGAUCUAUGAACCCUUGGCUGGGAGAACUACGCAUUCACCAGCCUUGUCUAAGUGUGUGUGUGUGUGUGUGUGUGUGUGUGUGUGUGUGUGUGUGUGUUUUAUUUUUAUUUGCACUUCUUUAACAAACAACAGAGCUGUUUGUUUUAACAGUGUCAGAUAAGGGUUAUUUGUCUUCUCCCUUCCCUUUCCAUUUGCACAAAGCAAACACUCUCAGUAGCCGACCCCCAGCAGGAAAGUAACACAUGAGAUUUUCAAACAACACAGCUUCCCAUCUGUGGCACUUGGACCAAAUAUGGGUUGGAUCCAUUUAGUUUAAAGACAGAGCUUUCUUUCCUCGCCCCCUACGCCGCCGCCACCCUCCCCCUACCUCUUCCUCCAGAAGCAAGUAGACACAGUUUGCAAAACAAAUCCUGUUGUAGACCCCAGUCCCGAAGCAUAGUAGUCUCUUGAGUGCUCAGUGUCUCCUUCUGCGAUUUAAAUAAUUUCUUCCUUUUAUUUUUUCCCAUGUAAAAGUAGUAUGUAAAAUUUAGCAUAUCAUUAAUACAGAAUAUUAUCAAGUCGUAUGUACAACUCUGUUUUCUAGUACAAUGGUGCUAUUUUGUAGUUUGUUAUAUGAAGGAGUCUGGCCAAAACCGUAACUGGUGAAAGCAAAAUGAAGGAGAGAUGAACAAAGGGAAAAGGAAUUGAAAGAUCCAUCUGGUUUUGAUGGAAAGCAAAGAACAUACUCCCCCCCCCCUCAAAAAUUGUUUUUCUUUCAAAAAUAGAGCUAAAGAUACUAAGAAUAGUUACCUCUUUCUCAAUCAGAGAGGAUUAAGAGAAACUGAUCCAGCAAAAAGGGUCUGACACUUAGAAGUCUUCCUUUUCCUUUCUUAAUUUUGGGGAAAAAAUUCUCCCUUUCUUAUCCCACCCUCAGACUCACCACUGUGUGACCUUGGCCAAGUCACUUCACCACCUCUGUGCCUCAGUUUCCUCAUCUGCAAAAUGGGGAGAGUAUUUGUCAUCUACCUACCUCACAGGAGUGGUGUAAGGAUUAAUAAGCAAAGGGUCUCGAUCCUAACAUACAACACAUGCCAAAUGAAUUUUUGAAAUGAAAGGGAUCCUCUGAAUGGGCAACAAUAUCAUAACCGUAGGAUAUAGUCACAAAUUACUCCAAACAUCAAUGUGCUAAUAGCUUCUCAGAAAUAUUUCGAAGCACAUGGGAUGUGUUAUAUUUGAGGACUGGAUAGAAUUGUGCAUUUUGAUUCCCACACACACAAAUUAAAAGAGAGAAAGGCAGAAAAGAAGAGAAAAGAGAGAAAAAGACAGAUUCAACCUGAUUUCUGCCAGUAAAGAGGAAAACAUGGCUGAAAUUUUCAGGAUACAAUGAUUCUUUCAGGCAAACAGUUUCCAUUUAGUAAAUACCUCUUCUGGUGCAUGAAAUGAUCAUCUAGAUAUCUGAAAAUUUUAAUUUGUUCCUUCCUUAUAGAUCCAUGUAUCCCAUGGUUCAAAAUAUUUAAACAGUAUCUAAUAAAAUAAUCACAGAACUACUGCCUUGAAUAAAUUUUAAUCUAACCUCUGAUAUUAAUCAUAAGAUAUGUACUUUUUUUUAAUUCAGCUACUUUUCACCAAAUUUGAUAGCUAGGAAAAUCUAAAGCAUUUCCUUGACCAACCAGAAAAUCUUAAUCCAGGAAAAAAAUUCUGUCCAAGAAUCUCUUAUAAAUAUCCUACCAAUACUUUCUGGGUUGCCAUAGAACUUCUCUCUUAGAAAAGCAGAUACUGAGAACAGAUCUACAGAAGCUCAUUUCACUCUGAAGUUUCCCCUUUCAAGCUCUAGGGGUCCUAGUUUCCCAAGAUCCUUAAGCUAUGACAUUUGAGGCUACUCUGAAGCACACUGAUUUAUUUGGUGGUGUUAGGCCCUGGUCCCACAGUCAGAAGUUUGUUUCUCUAAGGUGCACUCAAACAUCCCUCCACUUGUUCCUUUCCCCAAUAUUCUAAAGCUCAUUGUUUCUAUCUAACCGAGACACUAAAUAGGGGGCUAAGAAACCAGUUGUUAAUUUGGAAUCAAAUCUUUAUUUUCAAGGAAACCUUGAUAAGCAAGCAUUUUUAAAGCUCCUACUGUGUGCCAGGCCCCACAGGCUCUUUUAAAAAUUAAUUUCUGUUUAGUGUGGGGGAGGAAGAGAAAAAUGUCAUAAUGUGAAAAGUCUUGUCAUGUUGCCUCUCUAUCAUUAACGGGGCUUUGUAAAUAUUCCUAGACUCUUUAAAUCUCAGAGUUAGAAGAGAUCUUCAAGGUCUUCUGAGUCUACCCCGCUCCCUGGUGUAAGAACAUCCUCGAUGAUUAAGCACAUGAACUAAUUGACCUUCACAUCUUUUUCCUCCACUUCCAUGAAAAGCACUGAGCUCUUGGGCCUUUCUUACGGAUCUUCUUCUUUUUCAUUUGAGGGGCCCAUCUCUCCUUUAUGCACUUAGUAUGUUCACAUAAUACUGUAAGAAAGAGAACAUUUUGGCUCCUCAGCACACUGGGUCACUUCAUUGGAAAAUAAGACAAGAGGGUUUUUCGAUCUCUGAGUUCCUCAGUGUCAAAACAUCCUUCCUAUUGGGGGUGCUGGGGUUAUUUUAAAUCAAAGAAGGUCAUGUAUAGUAAAGCACUUUGUGAAUACUUUGUAAAGAUCAGUUGUCAAAUACCGAGUGUUAUUAAAGAACAAAAAAUUACUACCCUCCCCAUUUAGAGUUAGAUACCUAGAAGCAAGAAUAGUCACCUCUUGAGCUGAUAUUAGGAUAAGAUUCAAUAUUUUAUCUACUCAAUCUGUUCAUUUAGAAAGAUUUCUUUUUUUAAAAAAAUAGUCUACAACAUGUGCUUUUAGGAAUGGGAAGUUAUAAAGAGAACAAAGGGAAAGAGGAGGAAUAACAUGAUUUUUAAAAAAAAUUUCUUGGCAAUAGAUUCAAAAUACAUUCUUUAAUCAAUCAAUAAACAAAAAGAUAUUAAGCUCCUAUUACGCACUAUGCUUGUUGCUAGUGAUACAAAGACAAGAUCAACAAAAAGAAACAAUCUCUGCUUUCACAGAGCUCACGUUCUGUAAGGGGAGAGAGAGCAUGCACAAAUCAAUCGGUCAAUGAGUAUUAUGCACUUAUGUGCCAGGAAUUGGAGUUACAAAGAAACCAUCCAUACUACACACCUGAUACAAUGUCAUUUUGUAUUGAGAACAGUGUCAGUAUAUCUCCAGCUAAGAAACUUUUAUUAAGUAUUAUAUUCAACAAUGUCCUAGAUGCCACAAGAGACCAUAUAAGAAAUUAAUCUUGGUCAUUGAGAGAGCAGUGGUAGAUCCCGUCGGUGGCCAACAUCCCUUCCUAAAGAAGCUACUCUGGUAGCUUUUUACUAGUGGCAUUAGUUUAAAUUGCUCAGAACCCAGCAUAACUUCCAAGGGGCCUUUCCUCAGCCUCCUGACCCAGUUUGGUACAGGAAAUUCCAGAUGCUAGUUAGAUCCCAGCUACUGGUUUAUUUGUUUCAUCUACUAAUUUAAUACUGGGGGGAAAGAAACAGAGAAGGAAUUGUCACCACCACAAGAAGAGAUCGCCCAAAGCCAAACAAGCCUAACCGAUAUUGAGCAGUUUGGCGCAAGGAAAAGAGCUUUGGGUUCAAAUUCCAACUCUGUCGAUCACUACUUGUGUGUCUUUGGGUCUCAGUUUCUGCAUCUAUAUAAUAAGGAGAUUGAACUAGAUGACCACUAUGGUCUCUGACCAAUCAGUCACUAAGUUUUUAUUAAGGGCCUGUGAUGUGCAAGGCACUCUCCUAGGUGCUGAUAGCACAACUACAAAAAUAAAGAGGGCUCCUGCCCAGAAGGAGCUCACAUUUUACCACAAUCCCAUGCUUUAACCAUCAUCCAAAGAAGGGAUUCCAAUGAACAGUCAAGCUCGGUAGCAAAAAAGACUAGGUGGGGUCCUCUUUCCCAUCAGAACCUCCCUUUCUUGUGGAUACCGAAAAACUACUUACACUUUUAUCAGUCUAGAAUACAUGCUAGAGGGUUCAUGGUGACAUGGUGGCAUUCUGAGCAGAAAUCAAAUCCCUGAUCAGUUUUUGAAAAUUAAAAAAAUAAAUUAAAAAAAAAUAAAAUCCUAUGCAGGAGCCAUUUCCAAACUGCCCCUACCCUUGAGGGGUUAGUUUGUUGGUAUGUAGGCAGUCCCCUAUGCCCGAUGAUUUGAGGGUCUCCAUCAGGAACAAAUGUGUUUCCCAGGAGGCUUCUAGAGGAGUUUAUAGCAGUCCAUCUUGCUUUCCUGUUUACGGAUUUGGCCAGCAAUGCCAAAGUGGUGCUAUUGUUUGUUUAAGAAAGUACUUGACUAAAACACAAAAGAAAGCAUAGAAAUAUUUUUUUAAAGUAUUGAAAAAAAACCAAUGAUUCUAUAGAUGUAAGGCUUAUUGAAAUAGAAUUAGGUCUAGCCAUCACCUUUCACCUUUUUUUUUUAUCACUCACAAGUAGCAAAGCCUCCAAAUGGUUAACUUGGGGGCAGGGGUAGAAGUUGGACAUUGUCAGCAUAGGCCCUUUACGACUUUAUAGACUCUUGAACUUGAAAAAAUUCAUCAGGAUAUUAAUGGAACUAAAUACCUUGGCUCAAGGCACAAACAUAAGUGAAGAACAACAUUUCUAGGUGACCAACAGAGCUCAGAUAGAAGCGAAGUCAAGGGCUGAUUGCCCAAUUGUCUGAGUCCAGGGCAGAGAGUCAAACAGAGAGGAGUGAAUGAGGGAUAUGGGUGGUGGGGAUUGCAGUCACUGCUAAGAAUACCUUCUCCCCUUUCCCCCAUGACAUUCUUCAGUACUUCCUCAUUCUUGGAAGCUAUUCAUUCUUCAUUUAAACAUCUCAAUGAGCAUUUAGCUCUUACUCAUACAGAAAGCAAAGUCUCUGAUCUUUGCAAGGAGCCAUGCCACAUAGGAUUCCCAAUGUGAGACAUAGGUUAUCUACUGAUAAAGGUAAAAAAGAGGACAACUUAUGAGAAAGAGUUGAAAGAUAUGGCUAACGAUCUGUGAAGUUUUUUUAAACUUUAUAUUGUUUUUAUGAUUAUCUUAAUGUGCAAAAAAAAAAAUGACUCUUCUUUCUUUCAUCUUUUUUUCCCUUUUUUGGAAUAAGGAGUAGUAAGUUAAACCCAAAUAGUCUUUGAAACUAUUAGGCUAGUUAGGAAAAAAAAUGUAUGUUUGACUUAAUGAAGUUAUAAUCAGUCUAUUUAAGAUAGUUUGCAUUUAUUUUUUAGUAUUAAAGGAAUUGUACUAAUUUAUUUGAGAGGUACUUGCUAUGGUUGGCUCUCUAUGAGAACACUGCUUCCCAUCCAAAGCAAGCUCCCAAAGUGCCAUGCCUUUUUCCCAGUCUUCCCACUGGCAAAUCUGUUCAGUGCCAUUGAUUUCAAAAUUCAACCAUUUCAAUUCUUAGAUCUCCCUCACCUCAGCAACCACAUAUACCUAUGGUCACACAGUCCAGAUCACGCCUCAGUAAAACUGACCACAAUGAUGUAUUUUCAUUAAGAAAAACCUAAAAGGAAAGCUAUUAAGGUUUGUCUUCUUGUUUGUUUGUUUGUUUGUUGACCAAGCUAAUAUUUAAGCCUAUAGUAUACAUUUUGCUUGCCAUUGUUUUGUUACUCAAAAAAAAAAAAAAAAAAAAAAAAAAAAGCUUUCCUUUCAAAGGUUAGAACCUGACAUGUAUUUGUGAUUCAAACACCUCCCACCAUCAAAUAAUAAUAAUAAUAAUAAUGUUAGGAAGAAUGGCUGGAGUUCUAUCAAUCAAGCACAGUAGAGAGAUUUCCAUUUGACAGUGAACAAGGAUAACUAAGAAGCCUCAUGUUGAAGGCAUAGAGAAUUGGAUUUGAUUUCCAUCUGUUUUGUUUUCCAUUAUCCUUUGUUUUCCCUUUCAGUUAACAUGCUGGUGGUCUUCUUAGUGGUGUUUGGAAAAAUUGGGGAAGACUACUUUAGAAGUGUUGAGCUAGAAGAGAUCAUUUAGAAUAACCAGCUGAAGCGGUUUUUUUGUAUUUGCUCCUUUUUCAUACAUUAUUGUAAAUGAGUCACAAGUGUGAGCAGAUGCUCUCUUUCCAUUCUUCAUUGGUCUUUAUUAGGCUCGUCUUUCUACAAAGGGAAAAAAUAUCUGCUUUAAAAAAAAAAAAAAAAAAGAACUCUCCCUUUGUUAUGACAAGA